AUGGAGAUGAAAAGUUACCAGAAAAUCAAUCACUUCCCAGGGAUGAGUGAAAUCUGCCGCAAGGACUUGCUGGCCAGGAAUAUGAGUCGCAUGUUAAAGUUGUUCCCUAAGGAUUUCCACUUUUUCCCUCGGACCUGGUGUCUUCCUGCUGACUGGGGAGACUUGCAGAACUACAGCAGGUCAAGAAAAAAUAAGACAUACAUUUGUAAGCCGGAUUCGGGCUGCCAAGGGAGAGGUAUAUACAUCACCCGGACGGUGAAAGAAAUCAAACCCGGGGAGGAUAUGAUCUGUCAGCUCUAUAUUUCAAAGCCCUUUAUCAUUGACGGGUUCAAGUUUGACCUACGGAUUUAUGUGCUGAUUACGUCCUGUGACCCUCUCAGGAUUUUCACGUAUAAGGAAGGCCUGGCCCGCUUCGCCACGACCUCUUACUCCCACCCUUGCCCAGACAACCUGGAUGAUAUCUGCAUGCACCUGACUAAUUACUCCAUCAAUAAGCACAGUUCCAAUUUCAUUCAAGACUCACACUCUGGCAGCAAGAGGAAGCUCUCCACCUUCAACGCGUACAUGGAGGGCCACGGCUACAGCGUGGAGCCCAUAUGGAGAGAUAUCGAGGACGUCAUCAUCAAGACGAUCAUCUCCGCCCACCCCAUCAUCAAGCACAACUACCACACCUGCUUCCCCAACCACACGCUCAACAGCGCCUGCUUCGAGAUCCUGGGCUUCGACAUUUUGUUGGAUCGCAAACUCAAGCCCUGGUUGCUGGAGGUCAACCACUCUCCGAGCUUCUCCACCGACUCCAGCCUGGACAAGGAGGUGAAGGACAGCCUGCUGUUUGACACCCUGGUCCUCAUCAACCUGGGGAGCUGUGACAAGAAGAAAGUCUUGGAGGAGGAGAAGCAACGGGGCCGCUUCCUGCAGCAAUGUCGUUCUCGGGAGGCCAAGAUCGAGGAACUCAAGGGUUUCCAGGCCUUGCGUCGAGAGAAAACUGAGAAGUAUGAGAAGGAAAACUGUGGGAGGUUCCACCUGAUUUAUCCCAGUCUGAAUUCGGAGAAGUAUGAGAAGUUUUUCCAGGACAACAACUCCCUCUUCCAGAACACUGCCACCUCCAGGGCCCGGGAGCUGUAUGCCCGGCAGCUGAUCCAGGAGCUGAGGCUAAAACAGGAGAAGAAAUCCUUGCAGACGAAAGAGAAGAAGGUAGAGAUGCAGGGAGAAUCGGCAGGCGAGCACACGAGAGGCAAGGGGGCGAAAAACUGGCAACAGACACAACAGCGACAAUACAAGUCCGCCGCCACCCAAGUCUCCAAACAACCAUUGAGAUUAAUGUCCUUCACGCCUGACAUGCUCUUGAAGGUCAGCGACACAAAGAAAAACGAGACAGGGAUCAGCCUCAACCAGGAGGCCCCCAAGAAGGAAGACAGCCCCGCUUCCCCCGGGCCUGCCUCUGCGAGACACUACUGCUCUCUGCCCGACCUGAGGAAUUCCAGCCUCUUCAGCUCCCCGGCGCUGGAGCUCAGCAAACCCAUCACCAGGUUCAAGGAAGCCAAGUGCGCCUCCAUCGUGAACAUGCUCCCCGGCCCCGUGCUCCUCACUUCAUUAGAAACCUCAGAAACCUGCACCCAGUUCUCAGACUCCCCCGAGUCCCUGCUGAGCGUGCCCAACAGCCCCGAAUGCAGUAGCCCCGAGAUGGACAGAGCGAUCUCCUUUAAAUGCAAACAGCAGCAGACCCCCCAUCGCCUCUCCCAGGACAAAAUAUCAAAAGUUUCUCUGCCCACGAAAUCCCAGCGAUACUCGUUGAACCCACGUUGGACUUGGCUAAAGAAUAACAUGAAGAAACAGCACCUAAUGUCAGAGUUGUUCACCAAGGUUCAACUGAGGGACAAGCUCUCCUUGUUCCCAUCUCCCUACAACCCAAAGCUGGUGCUAAGUAACCAGUCACAAAACUUCUCCCUGCCCCAGGACUGUUACUUGCGCAGCCAAAGCUCUCAGGAGAGGAAGCCGCUGGAUAUGUCCUCCCUCCUCUUCCUGAAGAAUUCUCACCGCCGUGAUGUCUCUCUGAGGGAUCUGCUGGUGGUUGCCACUUCAGCCCGACUGGAUCCGAGGCCUGGCAGAAGGCGUCUGGGUGUGGUGAGGGGACCGUGUAUACAGGAUCGGGAAGCAUGCAAUCACUGCCUGAUCUCUGGCCAAAAAGGAUGUGAGAGGAAAUAG